AUGAUUGAUCAACAAUUCAUGGAAUAACAAAAAUCUAAAUAGGAAAACAUUGUUUAAACUAAAUCUAGACAUCUUAUAGUAAUGAAUUAAUUAAAGAAAAAAGUAUUAUACAUUCAAUUAUUCUUUAGGAAGAAAAUUGGAAUAGUAGAUUUUAUGUUUAAAAAUAAACUAAAAACGAAUCAGCUGACAAAUUUCAACCUAAAUUAACAUAAUUAUAUGCGAAAUUGAUAGAGGUUUAAAAUUAUCAUGAUAUUCCAGAAUUUCAUAGGUAAUAUAAUUACAUAUAAUUUUAGAUAACUGUUCUUAAUGUGUCUAAAAACACUUCCAAAAAUUAACUAAGCUAUUCUAUUUGAAAUUGAAGAAAUCUAAUAAAAAAAAUCUCAUAUUUAAGUAAAAUUCUAUCCUUAUAAUCAGUAAUGUAUGCAAGCAGUUGAAACCAGAGAAAAAUGUCUAAAUGUUCUCUUAGAUUAUAUUUAAUAAAUUAAUGACAAUCCUGAAGAUAAACAGUUAAUAUCUAAAAGUGCAGAGUUGAUUACUCAUUUAAGAAUACUAUCAAUAAAUGUUGUAGAGUAAAUAAUGGGUUGGAGAUAGUAUCUCAUGAAGUUUUUGAUUAAUAUUCAUACCACAGAAAGUAUUUCGUUGCCUUACUUUUAUUACAAAGAAAACUAUUUAAUAAAGGUUAUUUAAUUAUUUAUAAAUAGAUGAAAAAAGAUGUAUUAUACAUUUAAAAUUCAAUUCUUUCAAACUAUUAUCAAUUUUCUAAUAAAUCAGAUCCAUUUUUUGUUGCCAUAACUAAGUCUACUACAGAUUCUAAAAAAAUUGUAUAAUUCAUAUCAAAACCUCUACUUAAAAGGAUUAAGUAGUGUGAAAUACUUAUAUAAGAAGAAGCUUCUUAAAUUUAAAAAGAAGAUAAAUCAUUUUACAAUUAAAUGAAUUCAAGAGAUUAAGUUAAGAUGACACCAGAAAAGACUUUAUUAAUUAAUAGAAUUAGACCUCCUAAAAGACCUGACUAAAGUUAAAAUUAAAAUGUAUUAAUUAUAUAUAUAAUUUUAGAGGGUAAUAAUUAAAUAGCUAGAUCCAACAGACUUUACAAAUUAAACAUCUGGUUCUAAUUCUAAAAUUAUUCCAUAAAAACAUUCUACAAAAUAAACAUUAGAUAAUUAAUAAAAGUAGGAUUUGAUUAAAAUUUAAAAUAAUUAAAAUAUAAAAGAUUAAGGUAAAUAAUAAUAAUAACAAUAAUAAUAAUAAUAACAAUAAUAAUAAUAAUAAUAAUAACAAUAAUAAUAAUAAUAAUAAUAAUAAUAAUAAUAAUAAAUUCAAUCUAAUUAAUAAACUUUAGAUUCUAAAAAUAAAGACAGCAAAAUUAAUCCUCCUAAAUCUAUAAAUUAAAUUAAUAAUCAAAAUGAUAAUCCAAUUAAAAUAUUAAAAUGUCAUUUGAGUGAUACUUUAGUAGAAAACUAUUUAAGAGAUAUUAGUGAUGAUUUUAAAAAAUCAUGGAGAGGAGAAAUCUCAUAAAUGUUAACACAAUAUGAAUAAUAAGAAGAAAGCUUCUGCAUAGGAAUAUAUUAAAAUAAUAAAUUAUUAGGAUUAGCAUAGUGCUUUUUAGAUCCAUCUUUAUAAGAAAGAAAAUUAAUGUUAAGUCAUUUUUCUACAGCAGAAUAUUCAUAAUUUUAAGAAUAUUUGAAAAUGAUAUUAUCCUUUAUUUGGGAUAUGGAUUCUUGUUAAGAAAUUAGAAUGUCCUUAUACCAUUAUAAUUAGAAUGAUUGUUUUUAGGCAAAUAAGGAAAUUACAACAAAAUUAAAAGAAUUGAAUUUUAAAUGGAAAGUUGUUUAAAGUUUGAAUUCAGAAACUAGAUUUACAGUUAUGGGUAUUAAAAUAUUAUAUUUUAGCGAUCAGAAGACCUACAGAAUUAAAAAUUACAAAAUAAUAUGAUUCAAUAUUUCUUUAGCAUCUUUUUUUUACAACAGAAAAUAAAUAAACAGAAAAUCAGAAUUAGUUCUUUUCACUAAGUUGUUUGACAAAUCUCAAUACAAAAGUUGAUUUUUAAAAUGAUCAAAUUAAUUCAAUUAAAGAUAUUCUUGUUUCAUCAGUAACAAAAAUUUAAUUAUAGCAUAGGCAUUUCAAUUUAAAGGAAUCAAAUUGUAAGAAUAAACUAGAUAGGAAUUUCAUAACUAUAUUUAUGAUUCAUUUGAAUAUUUGAAUGAAAUCAAUCCUUAUAAUAAUGAUAUAGAAUAAUUACCCUAAUAAGUUAUUAGUAGUUUUAGUAAAGAAUGUUAUAGAUGGUCAAAAUUCAAAUUAGCACAUCAUAACAAAUUGAUCUAUAAUAGUUUUAGACCAGAAUCUAAUAUUGAUCAUACAAAAGUUUUUAUUUCAGAAUCUGGAGAUAUUAAAGUUUAUAUUAUUGCUUCUGAUUAAAAUAAUACUAGCAUAUUUUUAUUUGAAUGUAUAUAUUUUAAAUAUUUUAUAAAGAUCAGGAUGAAUUAAAUCUGUAAAAAGUUUAAUAAAUAUUAAUUUAAUGUGGAAUGUAAGUUCCUAUAGAUUAGAAUCUGAAUAUACCUCAAUUUAUUUUGAAUUGCAAAGCUUAAAUUUAUGAAAACAUUAUGGGAGUUGGUAGAUUUAGUACAGAAUACAGACCAAAAAUGAUGGAUAUUCAUAAUGCUGAAGGUAUAAUAAUUAAGCCUCCUUUUGUAUUUGGUAACAUAUAAAUAAUAAAUUUAGGAAUAAUAAACGAGGAUUUUAAUGAAUUAACUAAUAUGCCAAAUCUGUUUUUUAAGGUGGAAGAAUAACAUUGUCUAUAACUUUGA